GAAGUGAAUGCCACGAGCCCCCUCUGGGAUGGGGAGAUCCAUGCCUCCUGCGACACCGCGGUGGGCGCAGGGCCCUGGCGGCUAAAGGUGGACCUGGCCGCAGCGGCUAAUGCCAGCGCGGCGUACCAAAGGCCUCAACGGAUACUGCUGGUCUUCACACCUGGCUGGCCACAAGCGCUGCCGCAGAUCCGGUUCUUGAGCAAGCUGCAGAGCUUCUACACCAAGGAGGUGGGGGAGGAAAAGAUGGACUACCAUGUGCGCGAACCUACCGGCAAGCUUCUGGCACGACUCCACGAAAGCUUGGGCGAGGCGGUGUCGUGCAUGUGGCGCCAAACGGGCAGCUGCAGUGCCAAAGGCGUGCGCGAGCCUGAGAGAGAUCGCCUCUGCUCCGAAAAGCUCCCCUCCACGGUCUCGGGCUUUUGUGACUGCGACGGCGAUGAUGUGCAGGGUGUGGGGGAGCCGGGGUUCGACUGCGCGCAAUCUCCCGGCAGCUGUGAGAGCGUCUGCCCGAAGAGCGCGAGAAGUCCCGGCGCAACUUCGAUCUUCGAUCUCAACGGGCUGCUGCUCCUGGACAAGGCAUCAGUCGUCCUUAAGGGUUCUGCAUGGGUUGCACAAGGGGCUUCUAUAAGGGAUGUAUUCGGGUUUACUAUAAAGGAUGGCCUCAUUAUGACCAGCAGGGUUUAG